AUGGAUUACUGGAAGUACUCCAUCAGCAGCAUCCUGGUGGAGAGGGACACUGAAGAUGUGGCUAUUGUGGGCCUUUUUGAUAAUGGGUACAUGUGGGCAAUCAAGCCAGAAAAUGUUCCGACUGUGGGAAUCACCAUGGAUUGUAAAAAGUAUGGUGGGAUUUAUGAAAACCUGGUGGUGGGUGAAGACAAUGUGAUGGAUGUCAGAAACAAAGACAGUGACAGCAGAUCUAUUCCUACUGGCAUGACCCCAAAACAGGUCUUCCUCAUAGGCAAGAAGAGAGUCCACAGAGGAGUCCUUAAUUAG